AUUGUCAAAAAGUUUAAAUUUGUAAAAUUUUAAAUGGAGUAUGCAGAACUAUUAAUCUAAUAAUCUAAAAGCUCAGCUUCUAAAUUUUAAAUACUCCCAAUGGAUAAAAAAAACCGUAAAGUAUCAUGAAAGAACAUAUUUCAAUAAUACAUUUUCCAGGCACUUUGCAUUUCAAUUAGUCGAGCUCAUGCGACGGUGUUAAGAUGCUGGAAGUUAGCUGUCGGCUGUGCGGAAGACAGAGAAUCUGCGAACAGAGCAAGAAACUUUUUGAUUUGGAAAAUAAGAAACUAUUGAGGCAUUUGUUCUUGAUAACUGGGCUUAAGUUAGAGGUGCUGCCCAAUGCACCCGAAUCCAUGUGUCUGUGCUGUCAGUCCGAUCUCAGAUCGGCUUUGGCAUUCCGUAAGCUCUGCAUCAAGGUUCAGAAAAGGUGGAAUCCCAGCGUUACGGAAAUUUCCGGAUGGUCUGACUCUGAUACAGAGAUAGAGACUCAGCAGGAAAAGAAACGCGAACACCUGCAGACCAAAACUAAUAGAGAGAGCGACGAUGACAUCAGGAUGCCGCAGAAAAUGUAUCAAAUAUUGAUUGAAGAGGACAACUCGGACAAUUUGCUCAUAUGCGAUUCAGCUGGGGAAGAGGAGCCAUUUGAUACACUAAAACGAACUGUUGUAGAAGCUCCGCCACCGGAAUCUGUCCAGCGUGAAAGGCACAGGAAUAGGCUCAAAUCGAAGCCAGAAGAUUUGGUUUAUAUAUGCGAAAUGUGCGGAGUUCAUGCUACCUCGAAGCCAGUUUUCGAACGCCAUAUGAGAAAGCACUCCGGAGAACGGCCGUUUGCUUGCGAGGAGUGUGCUGCGCGGUUCCUCAGCGCCGCCGAGCUGCGUGCCCACCUCCGCGUCCACACUAAAGAGCAGCCGUUCGCAUGUCGCUUCUGCGAGAGGAAAUAUGUAAGCUACAUGGGCAGGCUGAAGCAUGAGAGGAUCCACACCAACGAGCGACCCUUUGUUUGUGCUGAAUGCGGGCAGACCUUCACAAAUGCCUAUAUUCUAAAGAAUCACAUGCUCAUCCACUCUGGGGAGAGACGAUUCCAGUGCGAUCUUUGCAAUCGUUCCUUCCAAAGGAAGACCCAUAUGGUGACGCACUUCCGAUCGCGAUUGCACAAAAGAAAGGCGGAGGAGGAUCAGAAAAACAAAAUUAGAGUUAUUCCGCAGGAGCUAUAAAAGAUAAUCUUUUAUUAUUACUAUAUCUAAUGGAAAAUUUAUUAGAUUUGGGGAAACUUAAAAAGCAAAUAACAUUUCA